CCGGCGGCGGGGCUGCGCCUGUGCGCGGCUUUCGGCGGCGGCACCGCGGGCACGGAGGGAAAUCGCUAUAUAGAAGGCUACCUCGGCUUUUUGAUAAGCAGGCAUGGCUGUCACACUGCAUACUGAUGUGGGAGAUAUUAAAAUUGAACUAUUCUGUGAGCGUACUCCAAAGACCUGUGAAAAUUUCCUGGCUCUUUGUGCUAGUAACUACUACAAUGGAUGCGUAUUUCACCGAAAUAUAAAGGGCUUCAUGGUUCAGACGGGGGAUCCAUUAGGCACUGGGAAAGGAGGUAACAGCAUCUGGGGCAAGAAGUUUGAAGAUGAAUUCAGUGAAUAUCUAAAGCACAGUGUCCGUGGGGUAGUUUCCAUGGCAAACAAUGGUCCCAACACCAAUGGAUCACAGUUCUUCAUCACUUAUGGCAAACAGCCACACCUGGACAUGAAGUACACAGUGUUUGGAAAAGUUAUUGAUGGUUUGGAGACCCUGGAUGAGCUGGAGAAGCUGCCUGUGAAUGAGAAAACCUAUCGACCUCUAAAUGAUGUGAGAGCAGUGUCAGAAAUAGAUGAAACUUUGCCCUCCCAGAAGAUUAAAGAAGAUAUUUAGAGUGUUUGCUCUUAUGCUGCUGUGUUGGAAUGAUAACCUCUUCAGCCUGCCCAAAAGGUAGAUUGGAGUAAUUUCUUCUGCUUCUGGCACAACACUGUUGCCAUGAAAGAGUAAGUAUUUCUGUCCUUAGAUAGCUGUUGAUUGAAACUAGGUAACAUGGAUUUAUAGUAACUUGUUUUUCAUCGCUUUUCUUGCACAAAGUCUAGGGGAUAAACACAACAAAGAGCACUGUCAAAAAGGCUGUGGUCACAUGAUGUUGAACAGAUAUGAGAGCCAUUUUGGACUUUUUCUACUC